GCGAGGUGGUGGCCGAAGACCUCGCGACGGCGCACUCGGGGGCUCCGUGCGGCCGCGGCCGACACUCGGCCGGCGAUCGUUUGCGAAAUAAUGCCAUUGAAGCUCCCUCGCCGAAUUCGUCAGUGAACGCGCCGCGUGCGGAGAUGCCGCGCAAAUAAAUAGUAGUUAACUCCCUUUACUGUCAACGUCUCUCGACCCCACGACAAUGCACCAAUGGAAUUUUGUGAUAAUUAUUUACGUGGUCCUCGGUUUGAAUUUAGUUUUUGCAAGGGAAUUAAGUUCAUCGGAUGUCGCUGCGCUUGAUAAUCAUGUGUCAUCAGGUAACAGAUCCCAGCGGUUCCUGUUUGAUGCAAUAUUCGGACUGGAGGUGCCUAUCCUGGAAGAGCAGAGUGUCGAAGAGGAUGAUGAUGACUCCACAGUCAGACGGUGCUCGUGUGAGUGCGGCAGAGCAAACCCACUGCCAAGAAAGAUUGAGUGCGGAGGGGCUAACCAGGAGAACCGCAUUGUGGGAGGCAUGCCGGCGGGGGCUAACCGAUACCCGUGGAUGGCCAGGAUAGUAUAUGAUGGACAGUUCCAUUGCGGCGCUUCCGUCUUGACUAAGGAGUAUGUGUUGACUGCUGCUCAUUGUGUCAGGAAAUUAAAACGCACGAAAAUUCGAGUCAUCCUUGGUGAUCACGACCAAACGAUUACGUCCGAGAGCGCAGCGAUUAUGCGAGCUGUCACUUCCAUAGUGCGACAUCGCAACUUCGACGCCGACUCAUAUAACAACGAUAUAGCUCUCUUAAGACUACGCAAACCAAUUACGUUUUCUAAGAUCGUCAAACCUGUCUGUUUGCCAUCUGCCAGCGCCGAUCCUGCCGGUAAAGAGGGUAUUGUGGUGGGGUGGGGCAGAACAUCUGAAGGCGGUCAGUUACCAGCGAUAGUGCAGGAGGUGCGCGUGCCAAUCCUCUCGCUGACCCAGUGCAGAGGCAUGAAGUACCGCGCUUCCAGAAUUACGAAUAAUAUGCUAUGCGCUGGCCGGGCGUCCACAGAUUCCUGUCAGGGUGACAGUGGUGGACCGCUACUAAUUCAACAGGGAGACAAAUACCAAAUUGUUGGUAUUGUAUCGUGGGGUGUAGGUUGCGGCCGACCCGGCUACCCAGGAGUGUACACUAGGAUCACGCGGUAUCUAACUUGGUUGAGAGCAAAUUUGCGAGAUUCAUGUCUAUGUUCUAAUUAAAUUUGACUGUAAUUGUUUGUCGAAAAUACUAGUACGAUUCUCUUGACGACGACGUCACUUGCAGGAUUUGUGCAUGUGGUAUCGUAACUAUAUUAUAAUUUUUCGACUUUUUUAAAAUUGUUUAAUAUCUAAUAUAAAAGGUGCUAAGUAUAUGCAAAAUAAUUGCAAACUUUUGCCUGAAAUAUUCAAUUAUAAUGAGAUCAGUUAUAAAAUGUAACACUGUAAUAUGAAGACCGACAAAAUCCUCAAAUAAGGUAAACGAACUUAAUUUUCUAUAACUUUUUUACAUUCGGCAAAGAAAAUGAAAUAAUAAUUGUCAUUUAUACGAAUACAGUUACGAAUUUAUCAAUCUUGACACGUUGAAUUUUAAAGCGUUCUAAAUCGUAUGUAUAUGCGUGAUAGAGUUGAGUUUAAAUCCUAAAGGUCAGGCUUGACGAAUCUUCACUGUAGUACUUACUUAGUUUAAUAAUUUACUUGGCAAUUGCCAAUAAGUGUCAUACCACAUCGUUUUGUUAGCAGUUUUGACAUAAAACCAAAAUUACAAAAUACUCGAUAGAUUAUUAAAUUACUUUAGUAAGUUUUUAUUAUUAUCUUUAUAUGUAGUCAUUUUUAUUAUUUGUGGCUUUUGCGGGCCGCUGCUUUAUGCGUAAGAAAUCCAAUUAAGCAUUUUUGUUUCCAAUAUUAACGCUUCAUUUAGAGAAUUAUUCACUUUUACACAUAACGUUUCUUUUUAACAAAAAUAUGAAUAUAUAAUAUUCAUGGUUAUAAUUUUGUUAAGGUACCUUAAAAAUCUUUUUUCACCUAGUAAUAUUUUUUGAUAUCGAUCUUUCUCUGUCUUUCAAAUUAUACGCAUGAAAAUAUUAGUAGACAUUCUACGUUUGUUUGUAGUUUUAAGCUUCAUAAAUCUAUUAUUAGGAAAGGACCUUUUUUUAGUUAUUAAGAACGACAUUUUGUUUGUAAAUUUAUUUUGUAUUGGUCAGGCCGGUGGUGCAGAUUACCAUUAGUUAAUAAUUAAGACGAAAUAUGACUACCUAAGUGUUCAUUUGAUUCAAUUGUACAUAUUUUAAAUUAAUUUUAAGUUGAAUUGUAUGGAUUAGUUCCAUCGCUUAAUCAUUGUUCAUUUGUUAAAUGGGAGUUGCAAAUGAAACUUAAUUUGAGAUACUGUUCUGAAUCACAUUUUCAGACUGUUGGAAGUGCGAGAAUUAUCAAUUAGUUUUUGGAAAUUAUCAGACAUUUUCUUAUACUACUUACAUAAUACCAUCAUCAUUGUAUUAUAAGCCUAUUGAUUGCCUUUUUGUAUAAGAAUCAUCCUAUAUUUUUUCAAUACUGGUGACAUGUUCUUCAAUUCAUCAGUUAAGUAUUUCCAUGAGGCAUUCUUCCAAUCAAUGCCAUUUCUCCUUCCACCUGUAUUUGUAUGAAAUUUUGCAUUAAUUUUCAUCUAUCCAUCCAUUUCUUUUUGCAUGAACUUGUACAUCGAUUUUCAUCUAUCAACAUCUAUUAUGUUGCAUUGUUAUCUUAUGCAACCAUUUAUAUUGAACUUCAUAUUUAUUUAUGAUUACAAGUGACGGAACAAACAGUCUUGAACAACACGCCUGUUCAUAGCAGUUGCAGUGCCUCAGAAAUCGAAAAGAUCUGAGGGGAUUUGUCACUGCGUCUGUUACCGAGAGACAUAACAAAAAAAUGAAUAGGCAUUGUUUAGGUGUGUAUUAUACGUCGAUGACCUCAUCGUCGCUUUCUAUCAGGUUGAGAUGGAGGUCAAAUGCACUUUUUUUAUAUAACUUUAUAUUAAAAAAUUCUUACUGUUGUAGAUACUGUCUUACUGCAAUUUGGUAUACAUCGUAGCAUUUUUAUUAUCAGUAUUUUUUAUUGUUUACUGUAUAUAGCAAUUAUUUGCCCUCUUUAAUAAAGUUUACAUUCCAUAUUCAUAGCAUAACUUACUAAUUUACUAGACGUACUAAUUUAUUUUCAAUUUAUUCUUUCUUAUUAACGUUAGUUUUUUUUAAAUUUAAAUAACAAUACUAGUUAGGUUUAAAAAACAGAUUAAGAAAAUCAACGCUCUUUAGGCUGUACCUGUGAUCCUCUCACGUUAAAUUUGUUUAAUUAUGUAUUUUAAUGUUAGUUGUUAUAUUUGUAGUUUGUAGGUGACAAUACUGUUGUGGUCAUUUCUAAACCAUAUUCUCAGGUUUUUAGGCCUCUAACUUUUGUCGUCAAUGUCCAUGUAGCAAUGCUUUUCACAAGAAACGGUCAUUCUUGGUUCAUAUUUGAUAUACUUAUUAAUAUGUUCUUCUAAAAUAAAAAUUCUUUAUUUCAUAGGUAAGCAAAUUAUAUUUGAAAUUAUCACGUUGAUAAAACAUCACUUCUCACUCAUAAGGCAGAUUUCCCUGAGAAGAAUGAGCAUGAAACUCUAGGGGUUGCUCUUUUGUAAACAGAUAUUUAUUUGCAUUUUAUCACAUAUAUUCUAGUUGUUUAAUGUACAUUUAAUAUUUGGAGAGUUCUAAUUACCAGAGGUAAUAUUUAAUUAAUAAUUUAAUAGGUACUAUAGUAGACAGACACUAUUGUUGUUUCAAUACGUAUAAUUAGUAUAUAAGGAAAGUAAUAAAAGCUAGUUUGGUAAAACCUGUGAAAUCAGUUGUAAGAAAUUGUAUGCUACAGAAACGCCACCAAGAAUGAUUGUCAGAUGAUAAAAUUCAUAAGUUUCUUUUUUCCCUAUUUUUUCUUUACAUACGAUUGUGGUCUACCUUUGUUAAUACGUUUGUAAGUUUUGUUUUCGUACGGUACUAUUUUGUUACUAAAUGUGUAAAUAUGAAUAAAUCAUAAAAAAUAUGUAAGUACUAGUUAGAGUUCGUAUUACUAUUGUGUUUAAUUUCUUAGGCGUUUUAAUGAAAAUGUAAUUUUUUAUCUAAAUAAUUUUUGAGAUUUGUAAAAACAGAAUUAUUUAAUAGCGUCGUACCAAAAAGGUCCUAAUUUAUUUUUAUAUAAUUCUCGUGGAAUUGUCGAUUUGC